UUUGCGGGUCGAGUGUGGCACUGGGUCCCGGGUGUGACAGGUCAGUCAGUGGUUGUUCAGCGGUGGUCAUCGGCUCCUUCACUGCAGUCUCUCUCCCUCAGUGGCCACACCGCCCAUCCAGGAUGCUUGGCCCUCCGCCCACCGACUCGUGAUUACCCUCGUUGCAAAAAUUGCUUGGCAUUGCACACUUCGCAUUGAUACGCCUGCCCUCGUUGACUCGGCAGGCCUUCCCCCCUCCCCUAGGGCUACGGCUUGGGCCGGACGAUAAUACAGCAAGUGCUUAUCUAAACGAAAACAUCCAUAAUAAUUCCUUCACACAAAAAAUCUCCAAUCUAUAUUUGGGAUCGUCAAAAGCUCGACUUCUCUCUCACAUGUGAACGAGGAAUGCAGGAGGCGGCGCUUGUCGAAUGGAGGCGGGGAUAGGGCGGAGCUUGAUUGGCUGUGAGGGCGGGACUAGGGCGUGAAGUGGUGCGUGGCUCCGCCUCCCAGGUGAGUGCGCAGCGCCCCGGGGCGGUGCUCGUGACAGCUCAUUCAUUUGUGGCGGCGGGCGGCGUGAUUGACAGCAGUUGGGGUGCAGUGACAGGCGGACACGCACGCUGCUCCGCUCUCAGUCGCCUCUCAUGUCGAUUGACGUGUCGACGCGCGGUGCAGGUACGGCGCGGUAUUAGAACGGUGCAGUGCGGUGCGCGGGUGGGCGUGUAAGUAGUGACUGUUACGGCGCGACGUUUGUGUGGUGUUACCGAGUGAAGCAAGCACAGUACUGUAACUAUAAGGGUGACAUGGCUCAGCCUGCGAGGUACGACGACGGGCUGGGGCACUACGGUGGCGGAGGCGCGAGUAUGGAGACCGUGACCAACAUGUACAGCGACCCACACCGAAGUUCGGCGGCCGUCGCCGCCCUACAGCCUUCUAUCAUGAGCCACAUGAACCACGUGAGCGGCGCCGCCCAUAAUGCGGCCAUGUACGCCCAUACACAGGCCUCCAAUCACGUGGGCGCCAAUCACGUCAUGGGAUCCGUCCCGGACGUUCAUAAACGCGACAAAGACCUCAUAUAUGGGCACCCGUUGUUCCCGCUGUUGGCCCUGAUCUUCGAGAAGUGCGAAUUGGCGACGUGUACCCCUCGGGAGCCAGGAGUCGCGGGCGGCGACGUUUGCUCUUCGGAGUCCUUCAACGAAGAUAUCGCUGUCUUCUCCAAACAGCUCCGACACGAGAAGCCCUACUACUACUCACACCCCGAAGUUGACAGCAUGAUGGUUCAAGCUAUUCAAGUUUUACGGUUUCAUCUUUUAGAAUUAGAAAAGGUACACGAACUGUGUGAUAAUUUCUGUCACCGGUACAUUUCCUGCCUGAAAGGCAAAAUGCCCAUCGACUUGGUCAUCGACGAACGGGACGGUCCCAAGCCCGACCUGGGUCCUGGGGACUCCAACAACAACGCCGCAGCCGCGGCUGCCGGCAGAGCCUCCGCCGACACCACUCACACCGACGGAGCCUCCACACCAGACGUGGUAAGUGAAGGGAUCAUAGGAGCCUUCCAGAAGAUUUGCGAGCGGCCGCCUUCUUCGUCAAUGUCAUAUUCCGGGGGCGCGGGCGGCGACGACGCCCGGUCGCCUGGUUCAGGCGGCACCCCUGGUCCCCUGUCCCACCAGCCCGCCUCCCAGCAUUCAGCAGACAACACCAGCGAAGCAGGUGGGUCAGAGAUCCCGACGCUUAUGCGUGGUGUAGGAGACUGUACAGGGACAGGUAAGAAGAGCCCCGCUGGUCUUCAUAGCCGACUGUUUCACGAGUUCGAAGAUCUGUAUCCCUCAACAGGAGACGCGAGCAAUGCCAGUAUCGGGUCUGGGGAAGGCACAGAGGAGGAUGAAGACGGGUCGAAGAAGAACCAGAAGAAAAGGGGAAUCUUCCCCAAGGUCGCAACAAACAUCCUCCGAGCAUGGCUCUUCCAACACCUCACGCACCCGUACCCCUCCGAAGACCAGAAGAAGCAACUGGCUCAGGACACCGGCUUAACUAUCCUACAAGUCAACAAUUGGUUUAUCAAUGCCCGCCGGAGGAUAGUGCAGCCCCUCAUAGAUCAGUCAAACCGAGCGGGUGCCAGUGUGCCGCACUUUUCAGGUCCGGCGGGGGCAUACUCCCCCGACGCGGCGUCCAUGGGUUACAUGAUGGACGGCCAACAGCACAUGUUCCGUACCGCCGAUCCUUACACCGACCACGCCGCUGCCGCGGCCUACUACGGACAUCCUGCGGCCGCAUACAACUACCCCCAUCAUCUAUAGGUCCGCGUGUAGCGGUGUCAUUCUGUGGGUGAGUGUUGAGGUGAUGAGGUGGCGGCGAGUGGCGCUGGCCUGGCCGCUCUUAUAGGUCCGCCGCCUCUCGUUCAGCGGCGCCAAGUGUAGUGAGCGAGCGAGAGUCGAGUGAGUGUCGUCGGGAAGGUGUUCAUAUGAUUGUGAGACCCCGGUCCCCCCCCGGCUGACAGAAAAAGGACUGUCUUUUACUUGAAGUAAAAUACCGGUGGGCCCGCGAGUGUGUGAAGAAGCCCGUUUUAUUAUAUAAAUAAAUGUUGCGGCCGUGUCUUUGACAGAAUAAAAAAGGCGGCGGUGGAAAGGAAAAAAAAUAUAAACAAGAAACAGUGUAUACAAUUAUUUUAAUCUUGAUGGCUCAUGCACACAAGUUUUGGUGGAGACGGCCGAAAUCAAGAAGGGGUGAUGAUGGUGGCAUAUGAUGGGCGGUUUGGGGCCAGGGGAGCUGAAAGCUCCUGGGCAUGAUACCCAGGAGGAGUCCCAAGCCAUAAAGGGUGAAGACCCAUAUGGCUUAGAAUUCCUAGUAGUUGUAUGAGGGCCACCAAUCUUUUUCCUCUUUCCUCCUGUCUCUUAUUACUUGAUCAGUGUAACGGCAGAGAUAUAUAUAUCAUCGUCAACCUCAGCUAUACCUCAUUCCUCAUUCAUCACAAAACAUGGCAAUAAGUCUCUCUCUCUCUCUCUCUCUCUCUCUCUCUCUCUCUCUCUCUCUCUCUCUCUCUGAAUCACAGUGGAUGAAGUUUCUGCAAAGAAGAUGCCCUGGAACCUACUAGUUGGACGCUGGCAUAUCUUAUUUCUACUCAAGAAGAAGAACCAUUUCAAUACUUUUAGUCUUUUAAUUCUAGAUAUUGAAGAUGAUUAACAUACAUGAUGCUUUACAUAUUUAAUUUAAUUAAUCUUUAAUCUUCCAGAGGAGGAAGAUAUAAUCUUUAUGAACCCUUGAAUUAUAAAAAGUAAAUGGAUUAAGAGUGCAAAAAGCGUUUGUUAAUAUCCCAUCGUUUACAGGAAACGGAAAAUAAGUGGCAACACUUAGUGCUCUUAAGGGGCAUAACUUAGAUGGUAGUGUGACAAUCACCUUUUAAAUUAAAACCCGGAAGAUGCAACGUCUACGAGUAUGUAAGCAUAUUUGACCGACUUUGUCAGGUCUUUGUUAUCAACAGACGCUACAAAAACGAACCUGUCAACUACACUGAAAAUUCAAAAUUAAAAAGAGUUCUGUCAAAAAACUGGUCACUGGUGUACUUUGCUUAUUAAAUAAUACAUAAAAGAUGAAGUGCACUGGCAUUGCUUAGAGAAGCAUAGUGGGACCUUCAAAUACCAACAAUAACCUAAUUUUUCAUGAUUUCAAAGUCUUGAUUCUUCUUAUAGACCUACAACAAGAUUACCGCAAAGCUUAUUAUCGACCUACAAUAAACCAAAUUUUAAGUUGUUGAAAUUUGUUAACGACCCACAACAUUUCACAAUUUUAAGUUGUUGAAAUUUGUUAUAGACCCACAACAUUUCACAAAGCUUGUUGGAAUUCAUAAAGACAAUCAAAUUUUACAGAAGCUAAAUUUCAAGAUUUGUUUGCAAAGCUUGCUGGAAUUAUUCUUAUAGACGCAAUAUCAUCAUCAAUUCCUCAAAUAAAAUUCAGGAUUCUUUUAUAGGAUCCAUAACAGACUGGAGUGAACACUUCAAACAGAUAUUCCUAAUCAGAGGAGGAUAUUCAUACUUCAAAAAGAAACUUGCCAGCCCCUAAAAUGCCGAAACCCCCCACCAGCCCCAACCCCCCUUUACAACAAACUACCCCUCCUCACCCCUCGAUUAAGCCUGACAUUUGCACCCUGAUAUUGCAGAAAGUAUUGAGAGAGAGAUUAGACUGUGGUGGAUGUAUACGACUAUGUGAAUUCUGUAUACGAUUGGAGUUUUCAUAUUGUACAUUAUUAACUUUUGGUGAUUUUACAUAAACUUUAUAAAUAAAUAAAGCGACUUUCUGCAAUAGCUUGUGGAUUAAGAAUGCCUAGAAAUACCUCGAUUUCAACAAACCUCAAUGUCUAAUAAUUUUUGCGACCGGUUACCAUCGUCACCAAUUCUCUGGUAAUAAUAAUAUGUAAUAAAAUAGUUAAGAAGAUGAAAGAAAAACAAAACAUUGAAAAAAAAUGUGUUUUAACGUAUGAAGAAGAAGAAGACUGAGGAAGACAAUUAAAGUUAUAUGUAACAUAACUGCUUUAGUGGUGAGAGCUUCCCCAUGAUUUUUUUCCUUUUUUAUAUACAUAUAUAUAUUAAUCCUAAGGCCGGUUCCAUAAGAGGCGGCAGCAGGGAUAGUGAUACCAGACACAAGCGGUCAGUGUAGCCCCAAAUAUGUGUAUUUACUUCUAGAAGAAGAAGAAGAAGAAGCAGAAGCAGAAGAAGCAGGCGGCAGCAACAGCAACAGCAGCACUUAUUCAAAUGAGACCUCUUCUACAGUGCGUGCACACUUAUGUCAUCCCUGGUACUAAAGAGACUUUUGAGAGUUGUAAAAUACAAACAAAAACGAAUCUUGUGGGAACUCGUUGCUACUCCUACUUAACUUUGUAUAAAUAGGUAACAUUUUAAAAAUAAAAAAAUUCGAGCAAGAAGUUUAAUAAUUAAAUAACCAACACACUUUUCACACAUGCAGCAAUAUUGAUAUUAUUUCUGUGAUGUUGGGUGUCGAGAGCGAAGGACUAAUUGUGAACUAGCGAAGGGAGUUGACUGAGCCAGCGGUUUACAAGGGCAAUCUCGGAGGACGGCUGUUGUGGUAGUGUACUCUUCACCCUCCCCCUCUCACCUCCCCUAUCCUAUCCAAAAACUUAUACUAACAAGACUAGAUUUUGAGAUUUUUUUGCUUUUGUUUAAAGUGGACAUUCGAAAACCCACCCCUAAAAAAGUCAGUUUAUACCACCACUCGAACCCCACCGCUUGCGGCCCCCCCCCCCCCUCCUCCUCCUCCUCCGUGCAACCGCCCUGAAGCUCUGGCAAGAUCAACUUCCAAAACUGAGAAGCAAUUGGUACUUUGGACCCCCCCUCCCCACCCGUUACGUGUUUAUAAAAUACUGUCGGAUGCCAUUGUAGAGCAUCGGGUGGCAGUAUCGAGUGGGUAAUUUAUGUUCUGUUUCCCGUUGGCCUCCUCCAACGGCAAACAUGUCAACAACCCUUAUCACGCGCUCACUUCCGGCUAAGAUGAAGGUUAUAAGUAAUGCUUUGUAAUUGUUCUUUUUUUAUCAUUAUUCUACUUAUUUACUUAUUUUUGUGUAUUCCCCCAAAGUACUGUGUAAUUUGGUUUAAACAUGAAUUCCAGACCUUUAAAAAUGUGCAAAAAUUGUUCUCUUAAUUCCUUCCAAAUUAAAAAACAAAAAAAAAAGAAAAUUGCAGUUUUGAAGGUUAUGGCUAAAGAAAAUCAGAAACAAGUUUGUGUUUUUGAACAGUGUAAGGUUUUACACAAACGGUACAGCUUUGAAGUAUCUGAAGGCCUAUGUUAAUUGAAGAAAAAUCAGUAUAAUUAAUAUACACGUGAAGGAUGUGACCAGUAGUGCGUCUGCAGAUGUGAAAGUGAAUUUUCAGUAUUUUUCUUUAAAAUAAUUUUGUAUUCAAGUUCUUGUAAUAUGAAAUGUGUUUAACUGGUUUUGAAGUUGAAGAACAUUUAACGAGAUUAUUUUAUUGUUAAUGUGAUUAUGGUUAUUUUUCUCUUUGUCUAUUUUCCAAUUAAGUUUUGGUCAUCUCGUUAAUUCAAACAAAUGCUGAGGAGCAUGGGAAACAGCCUGGCAAAAGAAGAAGAAUAAGAAGAAGAAGAAAACAACAACAACAACAACAACAACAAAAAGUAGAUUCUGUUAUUACUGUGUUCUUGUGUUGCCACAUUGUAAUAUUAUAUGAAGCUGUUUUUUGGCGUCAGUGGACCCCGUAUGGUUAGGUAAUUGUGUAGUAUUAAAAAAAGUCUAUCCGAUUUCUGAACAGCUUUUUUCCUUGUUUUUUGUACAUACUGAACGUUCGUUCCCCCCUCAGGCAGCGACCGGGACGCUCGCUGCAAGUGUAGAGUGAUAUUUCUACAGUGGUUGUAUAUUUGUAUCCUAAAUUCAACUUCUCAUAAAAAAAAUGAAGAAAACAUUGUUACAACAAAGUUCAAAAUGUCUGCAAUUCUGUAAAAUACAUUUUUUAGCUCUUAUAAUAGAAUAUCAGUAAGAAAUUCAGUUGAUCCGUUAUAUCGAAAUUCUCCUUCACCCCCAUAUCAGCAUUCAAUGAGCAACAUUCAAUGCUGGAUAUUGUGUAUAUGAUUUUUCCAAAAAUAAACGUGUUUUAAACUA